AUGGCUUUAUCCAUCUCUUUUGCCCUCCACACCUCCUUGAGAGGAGCUGCGGAGGAGUCACCAAUGCCCCGAGCCGACGCAGCGGAUUCGUCUGCGGGUCGCCAUUCCUCCGCGGGCGAGGAGGUGUCUUCUCUUCUCUCCACGACCUCGCCUUUGGGCGCGUCUUCUCCUUGGUCGCUCGCCGACAUCACAGGGCUGGGCGCAGCCCCGCGGGCACACGACGCCACGACGCGGCAUCUAGUCCACGGCUUCUUCGCGAUCAUGGGACAGGAGCUCGCGCGCUUCGAGAGGGAGGUCCAUUACCUCGCGAACCUGAUCAAGUACCCUCCCCCUCAGCUCGCGGCUUCCUCGACUCUGCGUGCCUCGUCUCCCGAGUCAACGCAUCGCGCAAUUUCCUCAUCGCCUGCUGGGCCUUCGCCCUACCCGCGCGCUGCCGCCGACUCGUCCCCCGCUUCGCUGCCUGCCUCCUCCCCAGAGUCGGCCGCCCACGGGGAGUCCGCCGCUGCGUCGGUCUCCGCAGCGGCCGCAUGUGCCACGCCCUCGACAGGCCCUUUUGAGGGGCGAACUGUGACUGCGAUCCAGCUUCUCGAGCAAAGUGCCCUCCUUCAUAUGCAGGCGAGCAUGCACGCGGACGUGCCGCUUGACGCCCUCGUCGAGAGCGUCCGCAAUCUGCUGUGGACAAACGGUGAAAAACUCAAAAAAGUCUGCGCGAGCCGCGAAACGCCGCCCCCCGCCGAGUAG